AUGGAAAAUGUUUCAACUCCUCAUUUUCUUCUUCUUCUUGUUCUUGCUUUAUUGUUCACCUUCCAUCUACAAACAAUUAUUAGAGUUGAAUGCAGCAACCUAAACUACACCAAGUACAAACAAGUUAGUACUUUGAGACUUGAAAGAAUUCAGAGGCACUUGGACAAGAUUAAUAAGCCUCCUGUUCUAACCAUAGAGAGUGAAGAUGGUGAUCUCAUAGAUUGUGUUCACAAAAGAAAUCAACCAGCUUUAGAUCAUCCUCUUUUAAAGAAUCAUAAAAUUCAGAAAAGGCCAGCAAUGAUGCCAAAGGAGAUGAAUAUGAAUAUUAAUAUAGAGUCUAUAAACGAGAGAAGUAGUAAGAAUGGUGGCUCAUGGCAAAUGUGGCAUCAAAAUGGAACAAGAUGUCCAAAGGGAACUGUUCCGGUACGGCGGAGCACGGUGCAUGAUGUGCUCAGAGCUAAAUCUUUGUAUGAUUAUGGUAAGAAACAACGGCGGUCACCGCUUCUAAACCGCCACAGCGAACCGCCUGAUGUUGUUAGCGGCAAUGGUCAUGAGCAUGCGAUAGUAUUUACAAAAGCAGGGGAAGAAGUGUAUGGGGCAAAGGCAACUAUAAAUGUGUGGGAUCCAAUGAUAGAAGUUGUGAAUGAAUUCAGUAUUUCUCAAAUAUGGAUACUUUCUGGAUCUUUUGAUGGCUCAGAUCUUAACAGCAUUGAAGCUGGUUGGCAGGUCAGUCCGGAGCUUUAUGGUGACAGCAGGCCAAGAUUAUUCACUUACUGGACGAGUGAUGCAUAUCAAGCCACAGGAUGCUACAAUCUUCUUUGUUCUGGUUUUGUGCAAACAACUAGCAAGAUAGCCAUUGGAGCUUCCAUCUCUCCUCUCUCUUCUUAUAAUGCCAAACAAUAUGACAUUACUAUCCUUAUUUGGAAGGAUCCAACAAUCGGAAAUUGGUGGAUGCGUUUUAGUGACAACACAUUGGUAGGGUAUUGGCCGGCCGAGUUAUUCACGCACUUAGCCGACCGUGCCACCAUGGUAGAGUGGGGUGGCGAAGUUGUGAACUCUCGCGCCAAUGGCCAACACACCUCCACUCAAAUGGGAUCCGGCCACUUCGCCGAUGAUGGCUUUGGAAAAGCAAGCUAUUUCAGGAAUCUCGAGGUCGUCGACACGGACAAUAGUCUCACGUCAGCGAGUAACAUCUUAACCCUAGCUGAGAACAAAAAUUGUUACAAUAUCAAGAGCUUCUACAACAACAAAUGGGGGACACACUUCUACUAUGGUGGCCCUGGAAACAAUCCACAAUGCAAGUGA